AUGGAAUUCGACGGACCUGUAUCCACUCCCCGCAUCAACAGCGGCCUUCUCAACUCCUAUGUGAACAUGCACGUUCGCAUUGUGGGCCGCGUCGCCGGCCAGCAGCAGCUCGACGUAACGCUCGAGGCGUCUGAUGGCGGCAGUGUGCUCGUCAAGCGUAAUCCCGAGACUGCGUCCGUCUACUCCUCGCACGCAUUCGUGGAGGUCUUGGGCACCGUCCAGCCCGACCUCUCCAUCAGCGAGAUUGCCGCCACUGGCUUUGGCGCCCAGUUUGAUUUGCAGAAUUACGACCAGCUGGUGAAGUUCUCCCAUGUCCGCCCCAUCAAUGAGCUCUUUGGCAUUAGCGCCUAA